GUCCCCACCCCCCCAGCCCCGCCCCGGCCGCCCUCCCGCGGGCCGGCCCGCGGGCACGCCCUCUGCCGCGGGACAGGGCUGCCUACAGACAGAGAAGCUCUUCACAUGGUUCCACGUCGGUGGGCUCCACGACCAAAGUCGGUCCUCCCGUGAAUCGCCAUUUCUGGUUGUGAUGCUCUAGGUCACAACGAGUGUGAACACACGCUAUCUAUGGGCCUGCUCUGACUCGUCCAGCCUGCUUAUGGGGGAAGGUGACGCCAUCUGGGCCCCAUCUGUCCUUCCUCACGGCGCCCUCGGCACCUUGAGCCACCACCCCCAGCUACAUUUUGGAAGAAAGAUGGAGUCCAAGGUCUCAGAAGGUGGCCUGAACGUGACGCUGACCAUCCGCCUGCUGAUGCACGGAAAGGAAGUUGGCAGCAUCAUCGGGAAGAAAGGAGAGACCGUGAAGAAGAUGCGUGAAGAGAGCGGGGCAAGGAUCAACAUCUCGGAAGGAAACUGCCCAGAAAGAAUCGUGACCAUCACGGGCCCGACAGACGCCAUCUUCAAGGCCUUUGCCAUGAUCGCCUACAAGUUUGAGGAGGACAUCAAUAGCUGCAUGAGCAACAGCCCAGCCACCAGCAAGCCCCCGGUGACGCUGAGGUUGGUGGUGCCCGCCAGCCAGUGCGGGUCCCUGAUCGGCAAAGGCGGCUCCAAGAUCAAGGAGAUCAGGGAGUCCACAGGUGCCCAGGUCCAGGUGGCCGGGGACAUGCUGCCCAACUCCACGGAGCGGGCAGUGACCAUCUCGGGGACCCCCGACGCCAUCAUCCAGUGUGUCAAGCAAAUCUGUGUGGUCAUGCUGGAGUCCCCACCGAAAGGUGCCACCAUUCCCUACCGCCCAAAGCCCGCCUCCACCCCUGUCAUUUUUGCAGGUGGUCAGGCCUACACGAUCCAGGGACAGUACGCCAUCCCCCACCCAGAUCAGUUGACCAAGCUCCACCAGCUGGCCAUGCAGCAAACCCCCUUUCCUCCCCUCGGACAGACCAACCCCGCUUUCCCCGGAGAAAAGCUGCCUUUACACUCCUCCGAAGAAGCUCAAAAUCUGAUGGGCCAGUCGUCAGGUCUGGACGCCAGCCCCCCAGCCAGCACUCAUGAGCUCACCAUUCCCAAUGAUCUAAUAGGCUGCAUUAUUGGACGCCAGGGGACCAAAAUCAAUGAAAUUCGACAGAUGUCUGGAGCUCAGAUCAAAAUUGCCAAUGCCACAGAGGGGUCGUCAGAGCGCCAGAUCACCAUCACGGGGACCCCGGCAAACAUCAGCCUUGCCCAGUACCUCAUCAACGCCAGGCUGACGUCCGAGGUCACCGGGAUGGGCGCGCUCUAACCCCGCCGACGUCCCCACCGCUCGCCACCUGUGCAGACCGCCCACCCCCUUGCAGAUAUAGAGGUUUCUUUACUACAGAAGGUGUCUGUGCCCUAGAGAUGCACCCACAGCGCUCUAUCUGUGUCUGUGAGCCCCCGGCUCCGCCCCGACACUGCUUCAAGUUCACUGACGCCCGUCUCCUCACGCGUUGGCAUGCCGUGUUCAUUAUUUUAAAUGCUUUGGGGCCAGUCCCAUCUGUGACGUUUUAGAAACGUUGUUCCUUAGUGUCCGUGUAACUGUUUUAAGACUUGGUUUGACGUUUGGACGGCGCUUCCGGCAGCCGUCCCCUCCAAGCCCCAGGGGCUGUGGCCGCAGGGAGCUGCCCCUCCCCGGUCCCUCGGCCUCGGCUCCCGUGGCCACGCGGGUCAGCGCCGGGCGGGGUGCACGUCUGCCUCUGUCGGAGGGCAGGAGAAAGGAAGGCGCGGGGUCCUGACCCGGGGUGCAGGGCGGAGCGGGGGUGCUGGGCCGCGGGCGUCUGCGGGGCUGAGCGUGGCGACCGGCCGAGGCGCCUCCGCACCGCGUCCCAGCUGAAUAAACGUUGUGCGCUGCCCCUCGCUUCUGGCUCCUCUCUGUGCCCCCCGCACUCAGCC